AAGUAUCUCAGAGCCGUGGCGCAAGAGGCUAUGCGUGUCUAUCCUCCACUUCCUUUCGCCCUCCCUCGCGUGGUGCCCAAGGUUGGCUGCACGGUUGAUGGACACUUUCUGCCCGGUGGAAUUACCGUGUCUACCAGCACCUUUGCGGCAAGUAUGUCGUCUUCUAACUUUUCAGAGCCGGGGGAGUUCAGACCCGAACGGUGGCUUGGGGACAACCCAGUCGACGAUCUCGAUGCAAGUCAGCCCUUCUCGUAUGGCACGCGAUCAUGCAUGAGACGAAGGCGAGUCUACCAAGAAUGA